AUGUCGCACGCACGGGUGGAAGAACUGUCCGACUCGGACCCUGACAUCGACGACCCCUCUGACUUCCUGCCUCACUCCGACGACCACAUCAUCCGACCGACGAGCCAGACGGGGUCCUCACCCCUCGCGUCUGUAUCGACCCCUCCCUCAUCCACAUCAGGCACGAACCCAACACUCUUCCGACCGCCGCCCGGCGGAUCAUCAGGGCCGGGAUCCAUGCCGCAAAUUAGACAACAAUCGCGGGACGAGAUCAAGCGGUUCCAGACACUGUACCCGGUGUACUUUGACAGCACGCGGACGAAGAAGCAAGGCCGACGGGUGUCGUCGCAGCUGGCGAUCCCCAACCCGCUGGCGUGGCAGGUGCUGUGCGCGGUGCGGUUCGCGGUCGGGGAGAACGUGUUCCAGAUGGCGUUCGAGCCAGAAAAGACGCACCCCAAGGACUGGGCGAACCCGGGCCGGGUGCGGCUGCUGCUCAAGGACCCGGAGUCGCACGCGCCGCUGAGCAGCCACAUCCGGAGCAAGGCGCACCUGUACACCGUGAUCGGGCGCUGGCUCAAGGACCACCCGACCACCAAGGACUCGCCGCUCGAGCUGCGACUGCCGGGCCUGCCGGUGCCGGAGAACUUCCGCGAGGCCGAGAUCGCGGUGCCCCGCGGCUGGAAGAUGGGCACCAUCCUGCCCGUGCACUCGGCGGCCGUGAGCGGCGGCGGGGUCAAGGACGAUUUCUUCAAGGAGGCCAUGGAGGAGCUCCGCCAGGCCCAGAGCCAGGGUCAGCUGCCCCCGGGCGGCGGCGGCGGCGGUGGUGGGAUGCCCGAUAUGAGUGCGCUGCAGAGCAUGAUGAACGGGAUGGGCGGGGAUGGGCGGUCUGGGUGGUAUGAUGGGCGGUGGAGGAGGAGGGGAACCGAGCGGCAAGAGAAAGAAAGAUAA